CUGAAACUCCACUGGCUCCUUCCUUCCUAACUCCUCACUUCAUAGUGCUGCGUACUAAAAACAUCGGACGCUAGGGGAUCAAGACGCAUGCCACAUUGCCUCUAUGAGGGCACUUUAACAGAUCUUUCGGGGUUUUUUUUCCCAGUAAGGGGGCUGUGGAGGGAGGACGGUUUUUUUUUUUUAUUUUCAUUGUCUGAUGACUGUUUGCACGGCUGAUUAUUGAGUUGAUUGUUUAUUAUUUUGGCUGUUGUUGCCCGACGCCCUGCGCGUUUUUUUCCUCCCUUUUUGGAAUCGGCGACCUAUCCCACGCUCACCAAUGUCCUAUCCUCAGGGUUACCUCUACCAGCCCCCGGGCUCUCUGGCUCUUUAUUCUUGUCCGGCUUACGGGGCCUCGGCUCUGGCUGCUCCGCGGAAUGAAGACUUGGCGAGGUCGUCCUCUGGCUCAGCCUUCAGUCCUUACCCGGGAUCGGCUGCUUUCUCCGCCUCGGCCGGUGCCGGCUUCUCCAGCCCGCUGUCAUACUCCACGGACCCAACUACGGGAUUCCCAUCCUACAUGAGCUCUCCAUAUGACGCGCACACGACGGGCAUGGCCGGGGCAUUGAGUUACCACCCAUACGGGAGUCCGGGGUACCCCUACCAACUCAACGACCCGGCUUACCGCAAAAACGCCACCAGGGACGCCACGGCCACCCUGAAGGCCUGGCUGCAGGAGCACAGGAAGAACCCCUACCCGACGAAAGGGGAGAAGAUCAUGCUGGCCAUUAUCACUAAGAUGACCCUGACGCAGGUCUCCACAUGGUUCGCCAACGCAAGGCGGAGGCUCAAGAAGGAGAACAAGAUGACCUGGGCGCCCAGGAAUAAGAGCGAAGACGAGGACGAGGAGGACGGGGACGGGGAGAGGAAGGAGGUGGAGCGCUCUGAGAAAACCCUGGAUAACAGCGAGGCUUCAGCGGAGGACGAAGGUAUCAGCUUGCACGUUGACACCCUGACGGACCACUCCUGCUCUGCAGAGUCUGACGGGGAGAAGGUCAGCUGUCGUGUGGGAGAGCUGGGCUCCGACCGGGCCGGCGACAAAUGCGACGAGGACGACGACGACCAGAACCACGACCCGCGGGCUCAGCUCUCGCCCAAGCCCGUCACGUCGUCGCCUCUCACGGGAGUAGAGGCUCCAGUUCUCAGCCAUCACCACCACAACCACCACCACCACCACCUCCAACACCUCCACCAUCUCCACAGCCAGCGCGAGGAUUUGGCCCGGAGCAUCGUCAAUAGCAACAAUAUCAAUACCAAUAAAUCGUCCUCAUGCCUUGACAGCAGACCCUCAACGGGGCCGCCUCAGAACCCCACAGUCAAGCCCAAAUUGUGGUCGCUGGCGGAGAUUGCUACCUCGGACCAAAAGCAGCAACAUCAGCAACUGGGGCAGCCUGGGCAACCAAACUGCCCCUCCUCCAGCGGUGGCCUCCUUACUCCCCCCACGCCUUCUACCACCUCCCCGGCUGCCAGUUCCCCCUCCCUCUACUCGGCCCCCUCCAUCCUUGGAAGACCUAUUUAUUACACUUCUCCCUUUUAUAGCAAUUACACAAACUAUGGCAACUUCAGCCCCCUGCAGGGCCAAGGGAUCCUGCGGUACACUAAUUCAUCUGGAGUGAGUCUGGCUGCUGCCGCCGCCGCUGCCGCCGCCGCCGCCGCUGCAAACGAGGGUCUCAGCUCCUCUCACCAGGCUCUGGAGGCGAGCACAAACCCCAAACACAGGCCAGACUCCCCCCUCGUUAAAAAUAACCCAAACCAGAUUGUUGUUGUCGAGCAGCAGCAGCAACAGCAUUUCAGACCCGCAAAUUUAGAAGCAAAGAAAGGUACGUAAUAAGCUGACGCGGCGCGCUGUAGAAGGCGAUUUAAUCUGGUGUUGAGUCUUGAGGUUGUAUUCUUCUUUCACUGAGGGGGGGGAUCGCCACCAUGGUGGAAGGAAAAUGAGCUCACUUGUUUCCAAUGCAAAUCAACUGGUUUUUCUUUGUGUCACUUGUCAUUGCAGUCACACCAUGGUAUGGUCUGGCAGGUUUGUUGCCUUAUAUAAAAUUAAAACAAAUAAAAAUACGACUCUUAUCAAGCGAGUUUGCAUGAGAAACAAGUGGCACCACUGGCAGAUUUCCAUUUGCUUUAAGAGGAAUACGAUUUUGGGUCUGAAUAUGAGACUAAAUGACUUAUUAUAGAUUUUACAGCGCCGUCUGAGUAAAUGAACCUGUACUAUGGCCUAUAAUUCGUUUUCAGCGCAGUGCAUUUUCUAAAAUAAUCAAUUUAUAAUUGUUCUCCAUGGUUUAACAAUAUGCACAUUUUGGUCUCUCUGACAUUGCAUCAUUACGCACGAGGCGAUGGGGACUUUCAUUUGCAACAAUCUCGCAUUAGGAACCAGUAGGUAUGUAAUAAGAAAAGCCUAUUACAAACAAACGUGCUAGAGUACACCUACAGAUAGAGACAUCCAUAUAAACCCAUUUAAAGGCAGGCCUCGCCAUGCGCAUUUACGCAAACACACACACACACACACACACACACACACACACACACACACACACACACACACACACACACACACACACACACACACACACACACACACACACACACACACAGUCACGCGCGUGCACACAAACACACGGUGGCAGCCUAUAAGCAGAGACACACGUUGCCAUAGCUUUGAGCAGGAAUUCUAUUUUUAAUAUUUCCUCUGAUAAGUGUGUGUGUGUGUGUGUGUGUGUGUGUGUGUGUGUGUGUGUGUGUGUGUGCGCGCACAGUGGGCCUCCCAAAACCUUAUCUACCAGCUCGGGGUAAUUAAAAUUACACAGGGUCAGCCAAAAGCAAACAAAUCAGUUAGUUUGCUGUGUGCACUCAUCGCGCAACUUCACAUCUUCAAAUGUCACUGAGAUGGUUGUGGCGCUCUCCUCGCGCACAUCCAAAGCUUUGCCUACACGCCGCUCGGUAGUCUGUAGUCGUUUUGUUGCUUUUUUAUUAGCGGUAAUUAGGCAGUGGGGAUUUUAAUAAGCACUCGCAGUGGAGCUGAUUUGGGUAGAGCCAGGCCGAGAAAACUUUGUGCUUUCUGGGUUUGUGGAGGGAGUUUGAUCAUUUGAUCGUGUGGGAUUUUUUUUAUUUCCAUGGUCUGCAGGUAGGUGUCACAAUUGCUUUGAGUAUAAAGCGAGUUAAGGCCACCACCUUUUAGCCCCAUGUUUUAACCCCCAUAACCUUUACUCCAAACCGGAUCUAGUGCCACCAUAUAGUAGGAAUGAAAGCUGCUACCGCCUCCUCAGCUCCACACAGGCUGAGACUCUCUCUCACAGCACAUAUGUUUGUCAGAUUAUUACUGUUGUAUCAUUUCAGCUGUUUUGUUUUUGAUGCAUUGUGGAUAAUAAUUUCAUAUGCUGGUUUGAAAAAGAUCUCCCAUUAUAUGUGAUUUACAUGUUAUUUCUCAGGUUCCUAUAGUUUGCUUAUUUGCCACGGUAUAUUAUUUUAGUAUAUAUUUACGUGUGGAAAACAUAAUUUGGCCUUUCUAUGAAACCGUAUUUGUUAAAGGAGGCGUCUUCCGACGCAAAGCGGACGGAGCUGAAGUGAACUUGAGGACUUCAAAGUGGAAUAGCCUACAUUUGAUAUUUAUUUUUUUAAAUGAUGGCGAAAUGAUGCCUAUAAUUUAUGCAAGUUGUAUUGCAAAAAUGGGAAACUGACAUCGUCUGUUUGUUUUGUAAAUAUAUAUAUAUUAUGGACGGUUUUUAUUUGAGACGCAUUUGGGAAAAAGCUACACAAUCUUGUUAUCAGGAGAACUUUUACUAAUUUAUAUCUUUGAAUGUAAAUAAAAUAAAACGCGCUGGUAUUGAUGUACUGGCGGGGUAUGAUAUUCAUUAUUCAAAGGAGAAAAUAUUAAACUGUUUUCCCAACUAUUA